GAACACCAGUUAUUAACCGCUAAGCGACGAUGUAUUUAUUAAUAGGAAUAGGGUCCCAUCGCAUGGACGGUAGCCUAGCUGACUACCUACAUUCGCGUCUCACCCUAGCUGAAGGAGUGAAAAGAGGAGGAAACACACGAUGAGGUUCUUCUCGUUGGUGAACGUCCGCUUGGCGUUCCUCGCGUCUGUAGCUUCAUCCACGGCGGUGCAGGUCGGCAAUUCUACCUAUUAUAACCCGGUGUUACCAGGCUGGCACUCGGAUCCGUCGUGCACGCAGGUCGACGGGACCUUCUUCUGCGUGACGUCUACCUUCGUAUCCUUCCCCGGGCUUCCCCUAUACGCAUCGAAGGACCUGAUAAAUUGGAAGGUAAUCAGCCAUGCGUGGAACCGCGAGAGCCAGCUCCCCGGAAUCAGUUGGAACACGACUGGCCAGCAGCAGGGCAUGUACGCGGCGACCAUCCGCCACCACGACGGGCAGUUCUACGUGAUAUGCGAUUAUAUUGGUACGUCGAAGGGGAGCAUUGGCGUAGUCUUCAAGUCGGACGACCCCUUCAGCGACGAAGCUUGGGGCGACCCGGUUACUUUCUCGACAGACAAGAUCGAUCCGGACCUAUUCUGGGACGACGACGGUAAGGCUUAUAUGGCCACGCAGAGCAUCAUCCUCCAGGAAAUCAAUCUUGAAACCGGUGAAGUUAGCCAGCCGCCUAUCAGCCUCUGGAAUGGAACAGGAGGCGUAUGGCCCGAAGGCCCGCAUCUGUAUAAGAAGGAUGGCUGGUAUUAUUUGAUGAUCGCCGAGGGUGGUACUGAGACAAACCAUUCGAUCACGAUCGCUCGAUCUCGUAAUCUGACCGGUCCUUACGAAGCAUACGAGAAUAAUCCUAUUCUAACGAACCGCGGCACCGACGAGUACUUCCAGACCGUCGGCCACGGCGACCUAUUCCAAGACGCCAGCGGGAAUUGGUGGGGUAUGGCGCUCGCCACCCGCUCAGGGCCCCAAUUCGAGAUCUACCCGAUGGGUCGGGAAGCGGUGCUCUUCCCGGUGACGUGGGAAGAGGGCGAGUGGCCUGUAUUACAGCCGGUUCGGGGUAAGAUGACCGGGUGGGCAUUACCCCCAACCGACCGCGAAAUCCCCGGCGACGGCCCCUUCAACUCCGACCCCGACGCAUACGAUUUCGAAGAGGGCACGGCGAUCCCACGUAACAUGGUCUACUGGCGCGUGCCUCGGGACGGCGCAUUCUCCGUGACACCCCAAGGCCUGCAAAUCGUGCCGAGCCGGAACAACCUAACCGGAACACCCUUCUCCUCGACCACACCCGAGCUCAGCGGCCAGCAGGGCCUUUCCUUCAUCGGCCGACGCCAGACCGACACGCUGUUCAGCUUCAGCGUAGACCUAACCUUCGCCCCGCGGCAAGUUGGCCAAGAGGCCGGCGUCACCGUCUUCCUCACGCAGGUCAACCACAUCGACCUCGGCGUCGUGCUCCUACCCGAGAUCUCGAAUCCAACGUGCGAGGAAGCCAAGACAACACAACUGGCACUGCGGUUCCGCGCCGAGGGCACCGGCAUGCCCCCCGAGCCGCGAACUGUUGUUGUUCCGGGGGACUGGCUUGAUGGGCCUAUCAGGCUGCACAUCGAGACGGCGAACGCGACGCAUUAUCGUCUUGCUGCUGCGCCGGCUGCGGAUCCGGAUGCUAGGAUGCUUGUUGGUGCGGCGUCUGCGGGGUUGGUGAGUGGUGGUAAUGGCUCUUUUGUUGGCAGCUUGGUUGGUGCGUACGCGACGUGCAAUGGAGCUGGUGUUGGGGUGGAGGUGGAGUGUCCGCAGGGCGGGGAGGCUUAUUUUACUCGCUGGAGGUAUUCUGGCGCGGGUCAGUAUGUUUCGGCGACGGAGGUGGUGUAGAUAAUUU